AUGAUUGGAUUUAGUAUCGCUGCAGUUGGAUUUGGAAUUGCUGCAUACAUGUAUGUUAGGCGCCGCUCUGAAGCCGGUGCCCGCGUAGUGGCUGAGCAAGAAGAGACAUUGCUGGCACAAAAUGAUGCGACGGAAAAGAAGAAGGAAGACAUACCACGCAUUUUUGCAGGUAUUCAAUGGGUUUGUGCAACUGUGCAGGACGCGAUUCUGGUGUUUGGCAGGUUUAUUGUGCUUGCAGUGAUUUUUUUCCCGGUACUGAUCACCGUGCCUCUCUUGUUUAUCGGCAAAUCGAAACGGAUCGCAGACUCAAAUGAAGGUAUGAACGAGUCGGUGCGCUGGGGCGCGCUACUAUGGUACAAGUUGCUUGUAAAGCAGAUGGAAUUCGCCGGCCCCACGUUUGUGAAACUUGGACAAUGGGCCGGAUCAAGGCACGAUCUAUUCCCAGAUGCACUGUGCAAUAUGUUUGGCAAGCUGCAUUCGAAUAAUAAGCCACACUCACUUCAGCACACCAAGCGUGAGCUAGAGCGUGUGUUCCAGCUUUCGUUUGACCAAAUUUUCGAAUCUUUUGACAACAACCCGCUCGGCGUGGGCGCCGUUGGCCAAGUGUACAAAGCAGUACUGCGUGACAAUUUGCUCCCGCCUGGCUACCUGGAACAGAAGCCCAUGGGAAAACGGCUCCCCGAACCUGCACACCGGAUUGGGCGCGAACUUGCGCUGACAUAUGAACACACGGAGGUCGAACCGCGUGUCCCGACCAACGCGGUUGCCAUCAAAGUUUUGCACCCCAACGUGCAUGGUUUGAUUGACUGUGAUGUGCGCAUCAUGCGCUUCUUUGCAAACAUAUUUAACGCAUUGCCCGGGAUGAAGUGGGUUUCGCUCCCUGAAGAAGUCAACCAGUUUGCCGAGCUCAUGGUCAGCCAGCUUGACUUGCGAAAAGAAGCGUCGAACCUAAUGAGAUUCGAAAAGAACUUUGCUUCUCGCGGAGGGCUUGUGACGUUUCCCCGGCCCCUCGUGGAGUUUUGCUCACGCAAUGUCAUGAUUGAAGAGCUGAUCGAUGCUGUGCCACUUAAAUACUUUAUGAAUCUUGGGGGUGACGAAUACGAUAAGCGCAUUGCAGCCCUUGGUCUCGAUGCAUUCCUAAGCAUGCUUUUGCUUGAUAACUUUACACACGCCGACCUGCACCCCGGCAAUAUCAUGGUCCGAUUUUACCUUCCAACGACACGCUCUAUUCUCCAAAAUAUAUUGACUCGAAGCCUGGCGAGUUUUGACCCGGAUUACGCGUUAGGAAAUGGGUACAGCUCCGGUAUUGUAUCCGACGAUAAAGUGGUAUCUGCGCUGUUGGAGCGCAGCUCCAACAAGAAGGAAUGGCUAAAAGAGCUGAAAAAUAUGGAGCUGGAAGGGUAUCUACCUGAGAUUGUUCUGAUCGACGCUGGUCUUGUAUCGGAGUUGUCUGCGACUAACCGCCACAACUUCCUCGACCUGUUCGCUGCUGUGGCAACAUUUGACGGCGAUCAGACGGGCACACUGCUGGUAGAGCGAUGCAGAUCGCCUCAGCUUGUCACAGACAAGGCCGCGUUUGUGCAAAAGAUUGCGCAUAUUGUUAACAGUGUCAAAAGCGACACGUUUUCUUUGGCAAGUCUGCACAUUGGCGAGGCGCUCUCGGACACACUCUCGGCGGUCCGCAAGUGCCAUGUCAAGAUGGAGCCAGAGUUUGUCGACACAAUUAUCAGUAUUCUAAUCCUGGAAGGCAUUGGCCGUAGGCUGGAUCCCGACUUGGACGUAUUCCGCUCCGCCAUUCCUAUUUUGCGGUCCUUGGGCCUCAAAGUCUCGCGCGACGAUUCCCAAUUUAGGGAAUUGCGCCAGCAAACGACGUUUAAAGCCCAGCUUUCGAUGAUCAAGCUAUGGGCAUACAUGGAAGGGCGAAACAUGCUGCUUUCGCUCAGCAACUCGCCUAAGCUUGUCGAUGCAUUUGUACGCUACGGGUGGUUCUCUGAUUAG